UCGAAAUAAUUGAUGAAUUAUUUAUUUGAUUUGUUUCACUCUGCUCUGAUAUCAUUUCAUAUGGGUGUUCCAUUCUUUAAUGUUAGAAUUAUAUCUUUCAAAGCUAAAAAUUUUUUGUCAUCAACAUUAAAAUUUCAGGGAAAAUGCAUCCAACGCCAGUAACAGUUAAUCUAUAAUUUCCAACAACUAGACAAAUUCAAAAUAAACAAAUUUUUGGAAAAAUUCUGUAGGUUUGUACAAUUCUAUUGACGAUUGAAAAUGAUUAAGACACUCACACACCUUCUUAUUCUCAAUAACAUAGGAUCGUUAACAGGACUUAUUAAACGAUUAGAUGGAAAAGAUGAAUUGAUGUUAAGUAGAUUAGGCAAGCAUCAACUCAGGGGAGAAGGUAAGGAACCAGUAUGGAAGGAUGGAAGAGAAGGAGAUGUAAAUGAAGAGAAGGAAGGAGAAGAGCAGAUAGGACUGAAUUAUACAUUUUAUUUAACUCCUCAACUACCCUCAGAUACAACACUACUAGUAUUUGUCAAGUCUAAGAUGGAAAACCUUCAUGAAAGACAACUUAUCAGAGAAACCUGGGGAGGUGUUCCGAAACUAGAGGGAAAAACUUUAAAAGUGAUUUUUAUCAUAGAAGAGAAUAUGAAUAGAAAAACUCCUGUGAACACAAUAAGUGUAGAAAAUUGGGAACAUUUUAACAUUAAAUCCAGAUCGUUAUACAGCAAGGAUACUUUCUUCUCAAAUUCAAAUUCAAAGAAGAAGGGAACAUCUUCAGUGUUGAGAUUAUCAAAACUGGUUGAACUAGAAAAUAUGAAGUUCCAUGAUAUUCUGCUAGGGACCCCUCAAUGGAUGGGCCCUGAACCCCUGGUUGGGGUUGAAAGUCUGGUAGGAAUGAGAUGGUUGGUUGACCAGGGACCAGGGAUACUAGAACAAAUAAGAUUUGUUGUGUUUACCACAGAUGAUGUUUUUAUAGAAAUUUACCACCUGUUCUAUUUCCUAACAGCUGUAUAUUGGAACUCUCCUCCGUUCCUAGCUUGUGAUUUCCGCACUUCAGGAACCAGUAAUGUGUACAUAGAAUACUGUAGCACUGCUGGGUACAUAAUAUCUCCUUCUCUUCUCAAAUCGUUCUUAAAGGAAUCUGAAGCAAGCAUUUUAAAGAGAGGACAGACAGAAGAAAAUGUACGGAUAGGUCCGGAUAUAAAUACAUUGGAUGGAGGGGUCCUUCAUGAACUUCCUGUAGAAGAGACUCAUGAACUGUAUUCCUAUCCCAAAUCUGGGAAAAGUAUUGAUGAAUGGUUGACGGGAGAUGUUAGAGUUAUUUUAGGCGUUUCUCCUCUCUAUCUAAAUUUAAGAUAUUGUUACGAGGAACUCAGUGUGGACAGAUGGUUAUCUAGUCAUCUUUCUAACCCUUUACCCUUCAUCUUUCUACAAAUACAUACUAGUGACUGGUCAAAGUUGUACCGUACUGUUUGGAAGAAAUCAGGAAAAGUUCAGCACAGCUGAUCUUUUUAAUAUUUGCUGUUUUACUU